AUGGCGCCAAAAGAAGAUAGGAAAGACCCGGCUUGGGCUUACUCUUCAAGAGUUAGCGAGACCAACAAGAUGGCCAUUAGAUGUUUUUUUUGUGAUAAGAUUUCAAAUGGGGGAAUCUAUCGUCAAAAAGCGCAUCUAAUCGGUGGUGAUCCAAAUGUCGCAUCUUGUCCUAAAGUUCCGGGGCAUGUGAAGGAAGAAUUGAAAGCAUACCUUCAAAAAAAAAAAGAGUUAAAGACUCAAAUGAUUCAUGAACAAGAACUUUAUAAUCUUGAUGAUGAUGAUGAUGAAACAGAAGAAGGUGACGAUGCUUCGUCACAAAAGCGGGGAAGGAUGCUUCCACCAAUGUCUUCUAGUAGUGGAUCUACUGGCAAGACCAAAGGUCCUAUGGAUUGUUACUUCCCGCAAAAAUCUGGAGAUAAGGGAGGAAAAAGUGGUAAUCUUCAAAUUGAUGCCAAAGCGAUUUUGAGGGAUCGUGCAGUUACAAUGUUUGCGCGGUGGAUGUAUGAUGCAGGUCUUCCUUUUAUUUGUGUUAAUUAUACUGACACUUUUGCUGCUUUUAUUGAGGCCGUAGGCCAAUAUGGUCCAGGAAUGAAGCCUCCAACUUAUUAUGAAGUUAGAGGGCCAUAUAUAAAAAAAGAGGUGGCAGAGGUUGAACAAAAUUGUGGAGGAACACAAAGGAAGCUGUUUCUUGAGUCCGUUGAUGCAAGCGACUCUUCGACUGAUUCAACCAAAAUGUACUCUUUGUUCAAGAGUACAAUAGACUCUAUUGGAGCAAAAAAUGUUGUUCAAGUUGUCACGGACAACACCGGUGAAAAUGUUAAAGCCGGUGAUUUAAUGUCUGCUGGGUACCCGCAUAUCUAUUGCACUCCGUGUGCAACACAUUCCAUUAAUUUGAUCUUCGGUGACAUUUUCAAGGAAAGACCCUUCAGUACAGUCUUUAAUCAGGCAAUUAGAGUGCACUCCUAUAUUGUUCAAAGGCCUUUGUUAUUGAACAUGAUGAAGAGAUUCACUAAACAAAGAAGCUUGGUGAAACCUGCAAAGACAAGAUUUGCUACUGCUUUCUUGACUUUGCGUAGGAUGUAUGAGCAAAAAAUCAAUUUGAAGUUGUUCUUUGUUUCAGAUGAGUAA